UUACCCAACCAUCCAGCCUGCAAAACCAAGGAGGACCGGCCGCUGUCCUUUCCUCAGCAGGAGUUUACCACCAGCAACUUCUCCCUCUCAAAACUCUCCAGGUUUUGCUGAAGGGAAGGAAAGGAAAGGGCAUUUACAAUUAUGUUCUCUGGGCUCUUGCUUGUUUUCUCACUUGUUCGCUGCUCUUUGCAGCUGGCAGACAUUAAAACAUUUUUACUGUAUAAUAAAGUCAACACACUCUGUCUUGAAGCAUCUAUUGCACAGUCAGUUAGAACUGCCACUUGCAAUCAAGACAAUGAAUCACAAAAAUUCAGGUGGAUCACAGAUCAUCAGCUUAUGAGUGUGAAACUGAAACUAUGCCUGGGGGUGCCACUGAAGAAGGAUCAGGCCAUGGUCACUCUGUAUCCCUGUAAUCAAAAAAGUGAGCUCCAGUGGUGGGAAUGCAGAAAUGAAAGCCUCCUUGCAAUCCAAGGAGAAGAUUUAUUUAUCAGUCCUGGCAAGGAAGAGCAUGAUAAUGUUUUGUUAAAGAAAGAGCUGAGUGCAAAGAAUAAAUGGAAUAUAUAUGGGGCCAUGGAUGUUUUAUGUUCCCAAGGAUAUGAAGAGACCUUCACGCUGCUAGGAAACUCUUUUGGGGCGCCGUGUGUUUUCCCUUUCAUGUACCAGCAGCAGUGGUGGGUGGGGUGCACGGCCGCGGGCCGCGCCGACGGCUGGCUCUGGUGUGCGACCACUGCCGACUACGACACGGACCAGCGAUACGGGUUUUGCCCAUUCGGAGAUAAAGACAGCACAUGGACUACAGAUCUGUCAACAAAUGUUCAGUACCAAAUAAAUUCUGACUCGGCUCUCACAUGGCACCAAGCCAGGAAGAGCUGUCAGCAGCAAAAUGCAGAAUUACUGAGUAUCAUAGACAUUCAUGAACAAACAUACCUUAAAGAAUUAACAGAAGGUACAGAUUCUGCACUGUGGAUUGGACUCAACAGACUGGACUUGAGUAGUGGGUGGGAGUGGAUUGGAGGCAGCCCUUUCCAGUACUUAAACUGGGCUCCAGGAAGUCCAUCUCCAGAAUCUGGAAAGCUCUGUGUGGUUUUGAAUCCUGAAACAAAAGCUAAAUGGCAAAAUUGGGAAUGUGAUCAGAAACUUGGUUAUAUUUGUAAGAAAAGGAACUUUACUUUGGUUCCCUCAGGUGACCCUGGGCCUGUUACCUGCCCAGAUGGAUGGGUGUCCUUUGUGGAUCACUGCUACAAGAUCUUCAGGGACAGCAAAGGAUGGGAAGAAGCUUUGACAUCUUGUCAGAAGGAAGGGAGUCACCUGGCCAGCAUCCAAAGCCUUGAGGAGCACAGCUUUAUGGUGUCUCAGCUUGGGUACAAGCCAACAGACAAGCUGUGGAUUGGGCUGAAUGACCGUAGGGUUCAAAUGUAUUUUGAGUGGAGUGAUGGUACCCCAGUGACAUACACAAAAUGGCACCUGGGAGAGCCAUCCACUACAAACAACAGGCCAGAAGACUGCGUCCUGAUCAAGGGCCAGAAUGGCUAUUGGGCAGACCAUGUCUGUGAGAAGAAGGCUGGCUACAUUUGUAAAAGAAAAGCUACAUCACAAACAGCUGGAGAAAAAGAAAGUAGCCUUGCAGGUUGCAAAAAAGGCUGGAGAAGAUAUGGGACAUACUGCUAUUUUAUUGGACACCUUCCAGCAACAUUUUCAGAAGCAAACACCACUUGUGAAGGAGAAAAAGGUUACUUAGCCACAGUUGAAAGUAGGUAUGAGCAAGCCUAUCUGACUAGCCUUGUUGGGCUGAGGCCUGAGAAAUAUUUCUGGCUUGGCCUCUCUGAUGUGCAGGAUCCAGGCACUUUCAGCUGGGCCAAUGGUGAAGCUGUCUCCUUCACACACUGGGAUGCAGGAAUGCCUGGAAAUAAUCCAGGGUGUGUAGCCAUGAGAACUGGGAAUGCAGCUGGAUUAUGGGAUGUUCUUGACUGUGAGACAAAGCAAAAGUAUAUUUGCAAGCAGUGGGCAAAGAGUGCAACAGUUCCACCUAUUCCAACUACUGCUCUGGUCCCCACAUGCCCUGAAGGUUGGGUAUCAAACAACCAUAGAAGUUCCUGUUUUAAAGGUUUUUGCAGAUCAAAAAUUAGAAAGAAGUCAUGGUUAGAAGCUCGAGAUUUUUGCAGACAAAUAGGAGGGGAUCUGGUCACCAUUAACACUAAGGAGGAGAUGCCAUUACUAAUCCAAGCAAUGAGAGCCACUCGCUGUAUGUUUGAAAUAGUUUGGCUGGGUAUAUUUUCCUUGAAUCCAGAUGAAGGAUUUGCCUGGAGUGAUGGCUCUCCAGUUAGGUACACAAACUGGGAUGAUAGUCCAAGGAAUUCAGGACGACUCCAGUAUUGUGGCUUAUUCCAUCCUUCAGGAUAUUCUCACCCAUGGUCUCUUUCGGUCUGUCAAGUACAGCAUAACUGGGCUUGCCAAAUAAAACAAGGAGUAUCAUUAAAGCCUGAACCAAUUGACACAUAUGAAUAUAAAACCACUGCAGAUGGAUGGGUCAUAUAUGAAGAUAAGCUCUACUAUAUCAGCAAAGAACAGGUCUCCAUGGAAAGAGCCCAAGAGUUUUGCAGAAAGAAUUCUGCUGACCUAGCUGUUGUUAACAGUAACAGUGAGAGAAGGUUCCUAAAGAGAGCACUAAAAGAAAAUGAGAGCUAUUGGAGAGGGUCAAUAGGAUACUUCAUUGGUCUAAGAGUGAGCCUUGAUAAAAAGUUCAGCUGGGUGGAUGGAACUCCAGUAACCUAUGUGGCCUGGGCUCCUAAUGAACCCAAUUUUGCAAAUAAUGAGGAAAAUUGUGUGGUAAUGCUUUCAGGGCAUGGAUUGUGGAAUGACAUUAACUGUGGUUCUGCCAAUAACUUUGUAUGUGAAAAACAUAACAGCUCUGUUAAUUCAACAUUUCCUUCUCCAUUGCCUCCCGGAGGAUGUCCACAAAGUUGGAUUUUUUUUAACAACAAGUGUUUCAAAGUAUUUGCUUCCAAUAUAACAACCAAUCUCACAUGGCAUGCUGCACGAGAUGUUUGCUUCAAUUUGGGAGGAAACCUGGCUACUAUACCAAAUGAACAAGUACAAGCUUUCCUUUUCUAUCAUUUGAAAUAUGCCAUAAGUAAUGUUUGGAUUGGGAUGAAUGAUAUCAACAGAGAGUCCACAUUUCUUUGGACAGAUGGAAGCACUGUUUCCUACACCAACUGGGCUAAUGGUGCACCAGAAAAUCAGCAAAGCUACUUUGACUUAAAUGAGUAUGAAACAUUGACAGAUGAUGCUCUGGAGACAGAUUGUGUCUUCAUCGUGAAGUCAGAUGGCAAAUGGAGAGAUGAUAGUUGUGACAAUGAAAGAGGCUACAUCUGCCAGAUGAAUUCAGCUCCCUCACAGCCUGAAUUGCCAACAACAAAUUCAGCCUCUGGCUUUACUCGUUAUGGUGACAGUAGCUAUUCAAUCAUUUCAUCUGAAAUGCAAUGGGAAGAGGCCAGAAAAAAUUGCCAAGACAAAUCUGCGGAACUUGCCAGCAUUUCAGAUGCCUACAUACAUUCAUUCUUGUGGAUCCAGAUGCUGAAAUAUGGAAAACCCGUAUGGAUUGGUCUUAACAGCAACAUGACUGGUGACUAUUACAAAUGGACCAAUAACUGGAAAACCAGGUACACAAAAUGGGCAGCAGGGGAACCAAAGGAAAACAAUGCUUGUGUUUAUCUUGAUCUUGAUGGUACUUGGAAAACAGCAUCUUGCAAUGAAAGCUACUUUUCAGUUUGCAUGAUAUCAGAUGAGAUAGCUCCUACUGACCCUGCUGAGCUGCCUGGAGACUGUCCUGAAGGAGAUGAACUCCAAGCUUGGAUCCCUUACCAUGAUCACUGCUACUACCUUGAAACAUCAGCUGAGAGAACCUGGGCACUGGCCUCCCUUGAGUGCGCUCGCUUAGGAGCUACCUUGGUUUCAGUAGAAAGCAUGGAUGAAUCUCACUUUCUGACUCAUAAAAUUCAACCACUUGGAAAUAAAGUAGGAGGCUUUUGGAUAGGACUUUACCAGAAUGUGGAAGGCCAGUGGUUGUGGCUAGAUAAUGCCGUCCUGGACUUUGUUAACUGGGAGGAGAAAGAGUUGGAUGUGCAGCAUCAGUGUGUGGAAAUAACUGCACCAUCUGGCUAUUGGGACAAAAGAGAUUGCUCUGCAGAAAAAGGAUUUAUCUGCAAAAAACCCAAAGACUGCAAGCUCUCCAAAUCACUGUCUACAUGGAAAUGCAGCAACAUCCUGUACAGCCUAGGUUGAGAAUGAAACUUUCAGAAACUUUUGAGUACCUAGCACAGAUGUUGAUAUGGCACCUGUUAAACACCAGUGCAAGGGUAUGACUGUUCCAAGAACUGAUUAUUGUAACAGUUAUUAUACUCUUGCAAGGAGGAAUCAAUGUGAAUAAUCAAUCCUCAUCUUCCAGCUUGUUAUUCUCAAAAAAUAUAUUACUCCCCAACAUACCAAACUGGCUUCAUAUUGGCCUGAUUCAGUAAUGCCUCAGGGAUCCUAAAAGAUCACCUGUUUUUAUUGCAAUAAUGAAUGAUAUGAGGAAUAUUUCCAUUCUAAAUGAAAACUUCAAGUCAAUAGAGAAGCUGUCUCAUCAGCAUUUCUGGAAAAUUUCACUCAAUACUGUAUAUACCAGACUAAUGCUUCAGAGAUAAAACACUACAUUAAUUAUUCCCAAGUGGAGAUGCAAAGGAAAUGGUCUGCAAGAAAGCAGUAUCAUUUUAUUCUUGUAACUUAGAUGUUAAAAAGUCAAUUAUCUAACCUAAAAAAAUGGUGGGUAGCCAUCACUAAACCUUUGUACCUUUUUUUGUAGUAGCUGUGGGAUCAGGUUUAAUUUUCUAACUUUUGCAUUGUGCAUUGUUCCCAGUAAAUCAUGGGUAGCAUCUCUAUCCUAUGCUGAUCCUCCAAAAAAAAAGCCAUUUUUAAGAUUCUAUUAUUCAGAUGAAUAGUUGAAAAAAUUUUUUUUCAAUGCUAAAGACAUCUCAAGACAUGGUGGGUGGUGAAAAAAUAACUGAAAAUUUGGGGUUAAUAUUUAGUAAUUUUCCAAAUAGUCUUUAAUUAGAAAAAGAUGCUGAACUGUAACCAAGAAAUAGUCAUCUCCCAUGCACUGUUAAUUUCUGUGCUUAAAGCAGCACAUGCCCAUGGCAGUAAAUCAAUUAAUCAUUAUUAAAGAUUUACUGAAAAUGUCCAAAAUACAUUCCAUCCUACCUAGUACUAAAAUAAUAAGGAAUCUCUGAAGUUCAUCUGUUGAAUCAUACAGAGCUCCCAUACAUGCUAUUUCCUGCCUUAGGGGGGGAUUACAGUUGUUUUGUAUCUAUUCAUUUUGCAUUCUGCUUUGCUUUUGCUUUACAUUUUGCCUUUAUAAAUUCUCCCCUAGGUAUCAAGGGUGUUUGCAAACUGUAAUGUAGAAGAGUCAAGAAGAAAAAUAUUUUCAUGAUAAUUCAGAACUCUUUAAUUCUAUGUGUAUAAUUUUUCAUUUCUGAGUGCCAAACUUUUUUUUUUUUUUGCACUUCUUCAACAGCAACAAAAGAAUGUAAUAAAGAUUUUUAAUUUUUCUCAGUGUCUAUCGUACACAGAGGUGAAUAGGAAGAUUACUCAUGUGAUUCAGUAGGCGUUUUCUCGGGAAGAUGUCUAGGAACCAAAGAUUUUGUAACAUCUAGACAUGCAGCUCUUCCCAAAAUAUGCCAUUUAAAACUAAUCUCCAGAGUGAUACAUCAUGUUCUUAGGACAUCAAAAUUAAUAUUUCAGGAAAAAUGUGAAGAGGUAUUUUGAAUGAACAUAGAAAACAGUCAGUAUUUUAAUGUUGGUAAUAUAAAAACAGUAUAAAGUUUCAAAAGUGAAUAAAGUAAUGUUAAGUAGGAAGGUGAAAGCUUAGCAAUGUAUUUUUUGCCUCAAUUUGUUGUCUUUUAUAGCAGACAUAUAUGUUAUUAAUGUGAUGGUAGAACUUCAUUUUUGCUAUUUUUGCAAACAGUCAAACAUAAGAUUCUAAUAAAGUGUCAUAUGAUUUCUCUCUGAAAUUCAUUGAAGUUGACCCCAAUGGGAGUCCUAUAAAGGAAAAAAGUAAGAGCUUUCGUAAGAAAAUUAAGAAAAAUCCAAAUAGAGGAAGAAGCUAAAAUUAGUUUCCCCAAACCACUCUCUUUUAGAGAACAAGUCCUACUGAGGGUUGCACAGUUAUCAACCACUUGGAGUGACCCCACGGUGCCUUUCACAUGCACAGGAGCACUCACCUGUUUUUGGCCAGUGGUACUGCUGCAGGGCUAGCCCUGAGCUGGCAGGCUCAGCAGUGACCAGAAGAACUUGAGAAGAACUUUGAGAACAGCUACAGAGUGUUUUAACUUGGCUGUUGGAAACUAUGUAGAUGUAUAUGAAAGUUUCUUACAAAGAUUAUAUUGUUAAUCAUGUACCAAAAUAUUGUAAAACUAAUUUCCAAUAAUUAGCUUCCCACAUCCAUCUAAAGAAUACAUUUUCAUUACAUUCAUAAAGCAUCCCUUGCAUGCAUUUUAUAUUACUGUACUCCAGAUCCACUGAAUCCACGUUAGCUUUAGGAACAGAGCCUGGCUAUUGAUUAGCGGCAAUUCAGGGCUCAGAUUUACAGCCUUCAAGUUCAGGCAGGAGAGAGCAUCUUCUUCGUGCUUUUCAUGUUGUAUGUGGAAAUAAAAACUACUAUGGUUUCUCACAGUUAUAUGGAUUCA